CUAUGGAAAAUUUGUUAGAUGAUGUAACAAGCCAACGAUGAUCUUACUAAGGACAUGAUAUCACCCGUUUUAAUAAUCUGGGCUUUUCUGUCAGUUCUGGUUUCCGGUUUAACUACGUAUGCAUUUGUUCAGCCUGUGUGGCUUGUUGGUUCAAAUCUGUUAGAUACGUUUGGAAUGAUAAAUUUGUGUUUAUCAAGAACACUAUUUCCCGGAGGAAACUUAAAACAGGAAUGUGAGUUUUAUGGUGGAUAUUUCAAUUUUGGAAACUUACCGUCUGGAGCAUGGCAGGCUGCGUGUGUUUUAUAUGGGACAGGAUGUGUACUACUUUCAUGCGGAGCAUUCUUAGCUGUGUGUACAUCGUGCAUUCCAUGUGAUGUUGUUAGAACUGUUACAGUUAUGGCAGGAUAUGUACAGUUUGUAGCAGUCCUGGUAAUGAUUGCAGGGUUAUUUAUUUACCCAUUAGGGUUUGGAUCAUCGGUUAUAAGACAAUACUGUGGAUUUAAGUCCGUCAUGUAUCAGGUCUACGAUUGCUCUAUAGGUUGGAGUUUUGAACUCGCUGUAACAGGGACGUGCCUAGCCAUGUUUUGUCCAGUUCUUUCACGGUUUACAGACAUGAAAGGUCGCGACAUAAUGCCGUAAUCGAUAUACGCUCGGACGUUAUUUGGAAAGACUAAAGCAUAAAACAAAAGACAACCGAACUCAGUGAUAACUAACCUUUGAACAUAUAGAAAUGGAUGUAAGCUCUAUAAAAGGGUGUAAAUGUGUAUGAAAAAUUGAGAAGUCAUUGACAUAGAAUUCUUUAUAAAUUACUGCUGGUGAGCUUAUCAACUAUAGUUAUUUAGAAUAGUUCAAAUAGUAAAACUAGAUCCAGAAAUGGUAAAACCACCGUAACCAUAAACACAAGUAUACAUAAUGAUACUUUGCUUCAUAAAACCAGAAAAUGUUUAAUUAGUAGUGAGUAGUGCACAACCUAGAUAGAGAAUGAUUUGUUGUAUAAUGAUAUCCAGCGCAUUAUAUGCCUUAAUCGUGUCAAAGUAAUGAUUAAAUGAACAAUUAUCGUUGCCAUUAUAUGCCUUAAUCGUGUCAAAGCAAUAAUUAAAUGAACAA